AUCUGAUGGAAGGAAAGAUGGAGGCGGAGGACCUGCCGAGAGUGUGGAAUGAGAAGAUGAAGAGCUACCUUGGCCUGGAAACCCUUGGCAACGACAAGGAGGGGUGCCUGCAGGAUAUUCAUUGGGCAGGAGGCAUGCUUGGGUACUUCCCGACGUACUCGCUGGGGGCAAUGGUGGCGGCGCAGCUGAUGAGCUCGAUCCGGAAGGAGCUUGGCGAGGAGGUUGUGGAUGAUUGCAUCCGCAAGGGUGAGCUUGACAAGCUUCUUGCGAAGCAGAACGAGAAGAUUUGGCGGCACGGCUCGUCGCUGACGACGGAAGAGCUGCUCAAGCAGGCCACCGGGGAGGCCCUGAACCCCGAACACUACCGCAAGCACCUGGAGCGCCGCUACCGUGACGACAAAGGAUAG